AGGCCUAAUAAUACAAUAAUAAUAUACCACAGAUUAGAAAGAGGAAUAAUACAUAAACAAUCAGAUGGAAAUAAGCAGCAAUAAACUGAAGAAUAUACAAGCUCCUAUUUUUCGUAAUAUAAAAAUACUUAUAUUAAUAUUACCAAUGAUAUCAAGAAAGGAUAAUUUAUUAGUAAGGCCCUGGCAGCAACGAAAAUUUGAAAAUCAUAGACGGAAGGUACAAUCUGCAUUGCCAGCAAUAGAUACGAGUCCUCCAGCAUAUCGAAGUCAUGUGACCAUUAAAUUAAAAAAACAACAAAACGAAAAUGAAAGAUGUAGAAAAAUUGAAAGAGAUAAUUUCUUGUUAUUACAAAAAAUGGAUUAUAUCAUGAAAACCAGUCGACUAGACAAUUUUUGGAGAACUCCUCAGCCAAAUUUCUUAAACAAAAUUGCAAUAUAUAAUAUAGAGCCCCCUGAGAUGGAUACUAUUGACCAUUAUAAUGAACAAAAUAAUACAAUAGUAGCAAAAAGUAGAAGGUCUAAGUGCUAUGCUUGUACACCAACAAGAAUGAAGGAUAUAAAGAUCCCUGAAGAAAGAAUUCCUUGGGAACCAUCAAAAAAACCUCACACUAGAAUUCGUAGCAAAUCUGUACCUGUAAAAAGAGCUGAAACCUUACCAACCAUUGAAGAACAAAUAAUUACUACUAGUAAACGCAGUUCAAGUGGAAUACCAGAAAAACGGAUACCAGUCAAUAUGAGGGAAACAAAGUCUGAUAGAAGAAAGAAAUUAAGUGCCAAGGAACCACAAAGUAUUCUCUUAACAAGGGGCUGUUUAAAAUUGUAUGUCAAUUUUCCAUCAGAUUCUGUUGUUAAAUUUCAAAAGGGAAAUGUUGAGAAAUUAUUAAUGAAAGAAGCAUGUUAUUGUAAAAAUUCACCAACGUUGAUAUAUUAAAAAUAGUAACGAUUUAAAAAUUUUUAUAUUUUCAUAAGAUAGAUUUUCCGAGUAUCUACUAGACUUAAACAUUAAAUGUUUAAGUAAAUUUUACUUGUACUGUUUUUCUUCUGCUAGAUAGCACAUUAAUACAAUCACAGUGCCUGGAAACUGAAUCAUUCAAUUUGUAAUAAAUAAAUAAAUAAAUACAAGGCAGAAAA